AUGAGCUUCCGAGGUUUUCAGAAGAGCGUCGUCCGGGCGCCGCAACAAUUCAAAGCCAAAUUCAAUAUUGGCGAACAUAGCAAGGAUCCUGUGUUCAUCGAUGCGGAACGACGAUUCCACGAGCUCGAGGUCGAGACCAAGCGCCUCCACGAUGAAAGCAUGAAGUACUCCGACGCCAUAAAUGGCAUGCUCAACCACCAGAUCGAAUUCAGCAAGGCGAUGACUGAAAUUUAUAAACCCAUAUCUGGCCGCAUGUCUGACCCAGAUUCCUUGGAAAUCCAAGGCAAUCCCGACGGUAUCCGGGCCUGCAUGGAGUACGAAGCCGUUGUCAAGGAUUUACAGGAGUCGCUUAAGCCCGAACUUGAAAUGAUCGAUUCGCGAGUCAUCCGCCCGGCGAACGAGCUGCUCGACGUACUUAAGGUUAUCAGAAAAACUGCGACGAAGCGUGAACACAAAAAACUCGACUUUGACCGGCACAAUGCGACACUCAAGAAAAUUCAAGAUAAAAAGGAGAAGAGUGCCAAAGAUGAGAAAGCCUUGUGGAAGGCAGAAAGUGAUGUCGAGCAAGCCACCCAGGAAUUCAACUACUUCAACGAUCUGCUAAAAGACGAACUGCCUAAAUUAUUCACCCUUGAGCGACAAUUCAUCAAGCCGCUAUUCCAGUCCUUCUAUUACAUGCAGCUGAACAUCUUCUACACACUUCACGAGAAGAUGCAGCAUUGCGAUAUUGGAUAUUUCGACUUAACGCUCGACGUAGAGGAAGCAUUCAUGAGCAAAAGAGCAGACAUUCAAGAGCAAACCGAAGCGCUAAGUAUUGUCCGGUUUAAGACCAGUGGUCAAAAGAAGCCGCCACCAAAGUACGGGAACAAGCCACCGGCAAUCGAAGCAGGCACGCGGCCGCCAGCGAUCGAGGCAGGUACGCGACCUGCAGCUCUUCUCACUGCCGGUCCGUCGCCAAUACCGAGCCCAGUAUCAGCGAAGUACGGCCAACAAUCCCAACCGGAAGUUGUAGAGAACCCUCCUCCACCCUACUCCGCAUCUGCAGCCGGUCUAAAGCCACCUAUGUCACCCCCCUUGAGUGGUCCUAGCUCGGCAGGAUUGGCGGCAAUUGCAGCAGGGAAGCCAAAACCUCCCCCGCCAAAACCAAAGCCUACCCGACUCAGCGGAGCACCGGCUGUCGAGAUGGUAACCGCUUUAUAUGACUACUCCGCCCAGGCCGAGGGUGAUAUAAGCUUUAGGGCAGGGGACUUAAUAGAAAUUGUCAGCAAAACUAAGAACGAGAACGAAUGGUGGGUGGGGAAAUGUCAUGGGAAACAGGGACAAUUUCCUGGAAAUUAUGUGAAAAUAGGUUAG